UGAGUGUCGUAACUCUAUUAUUAUACGACUCUGGUUAAAGCUAAUGCUACCAUACCAUACCAUACUUUACUGGACAUUCAUACCACUAAUGUCAUCCUAAGUAUGCAAUACAACUGAAACAUCUGCUGUACGAGCCCCAGGAUUGAUGCCGGGCACUAAAGGCUGGAAGCAUGCAGCAGAAGCGGAACAUUCAGAUCAUAGAAUGGGAGGACCUGGACAAGCGCAAGUUUUACUCCUUUGGAGUAUUCAUGACUAUGGCCAUCCGUGUCACAGUCUACCCGGCCAUGCUCAUCCGCACCAGGCUGCAGGUUCAGAAAGGGAAAUCUCUCUACACCGGGACCUACGAUGCUUUCCGUAAGAUUCUCAGAGCUGAGGGUUUGAGAGGACUUUACAGAGGCUUUAUGGUGAACACGUUCACGCUUAUAUCAGGGCAGGCGUACAUAACCACAUAUGAGCUGGUGAGGAAGUAUGUUUCCAACUAUUCUAAAGACAAUACGCUGAAGUCACUAGUUGCAGGUGGGUCAGCAUCACUGGUGGCCCAGAGUAUUACUGUUCCCAUCGAUGUAAUAUCCCAGCAACUCAUGAUGCAGGGCCAAGGGGAGCAUCUUACCCGCUUUAAAGUUAAACCCACAACAUCAGGAGCCAUAUCUUUUGGCCAGACGAGAGGCAUUAUUGCACAGAUAUUUGCUGCAGAUGGCAUCUAUGGGUUCUACCGAGGUUACGUGGCGUCCCUCCUUACCUACAUCCCCAAUAGUGCAGUGUGGUGGCCAUUUUACCACUUUUAUGCAGAGCAGUUGUCUAAGAUGGCUCCCAGUGACUGCCCUCAUCUAGUGCUGCAGGCAAUGGCUGGACCUCUAGCAGCCGCUACUGCCUCUACUGUCACCAAUCCUAUGGAUGUGGUCAGGGCCAGGGUUCAGGUGGAGGGCAGGACAUCAGUCAUUGAGACCUUUAACCAGCUGAUGAGAGAGGAAGGACUUUGGGGAAUGACCAAGGGCCUUUCUGCUCGCAUCAUAUCAUCCACACCCACAGCUAUAGUCAUGGUGGUUGGUUAUGAAACUCUUAAAAAACUCAGUCUACGACCAGAGCUGGUUGACUCCCGACACUGGUAAACAAACAACAACACUACAGUGUCUCAGUAACUUUCCCUUACCUUUAUUCACUCCAUUUUGCCUUUAAAUUGCCCUGCCUUUUUCAUGAUUCAUUUUGACGAGGCAGAUUUAUUUUUGGAUGGCUAUGGGAAUAUUAUUUAGCUAAGAGUGCAGCUUGUAUGUAACUUUCAGUGGAGAACACUGCUCAGGUUUGAGGCACAUUUUCUGACCGUAUUUUUAAAAUAGAUAUGAUCAUUGAACAGAUUUAAUGUUUUAGAGUAAUUGGUGUUUUUAAUUUAUUCAUAAUUGCUGUAUUACUGGUAUUUUAAAUCUAUUUUAAAUGUUAAUUUUGUCAUUGUUAAUUUUAAAAAGAUAUAGAAUAAGACACAUAAUGUUACUUUUUAAUAUUUUGUAUGCAACAAACAGAUUUCCCAAGAAUUACAUUUAAUCAUUAAUAAGAGUAUGAUUUAUCAUACACUAUAAUGUUUAUUUUCUGUAACCAGAUAUUUUGAUUUGCACAUUGUUGUAAGCUAAAUGUGCUUUUAGUUGUUUUGUGGAGUAUCAAUUUGGGAUGUGGGAUGUUUCAGUUUGCCAUAACUGAGCAAAUGUUCAAGAAAAAUGUGUGUAUUUGACAUUGUAAAAUAUACAAAGUUAUAAAAAGUGAGUGUGCCCAUUAGUUUAAGAUUGUGGUGGGCGUUCUGGCUCAAUAUGGCUGCCGUCGCAUCAUCCAGGUGGAUGCUGCACAUUGGUGGUGGUUGAGGAGAUUCCCCCGUUCAUAUGUAAAGCGCUUUGAGUACUGAGAAAAGCGCUAUAUAAAUGAAAGGAAUUAUUAUUAUUAUUAUUAUUAUUAUUAUUUUAAGAGUGUCUUAUAAAAGCUAAAUCAAAGUGAAAAUUAAUUCUAAUCUCAACCUCUUGUAUGUUUUUGUACCACUGAGUGAUUUCUAUAAGAAAACUUGUUUAUGUGUAAAUGUUGCAUUGGAAAAAGCAAAUCUAGCCAUUGUGCCAUGAUUCUUCAUUGUGCUAUUCUUGUUAUCACCACUAGAGAGCAGGCACUUACAGAGUGUUGCCAGAUGCCCUGCUCCUGUUUAAAAGCGCUUUGCUUUUUUUCUGGGGGUUUAUCCUUCAGUUUUAUUUUAGACCCAUCAGCAAAACUUUAGAAACACAAUACACACUCCUGUGACAUUGUUUAGCCUUGAAUAUUAAAACUACUCUCCUGUUAUUUUCAACCCAGUGUUUGAUCAAUAAGGGAUGAGCCCAGUCCCUUGGGUUGUAAUUUAACCCAUUCUUGGUUGUUUCAACCCAAAAUGCUGGGUUGUUUUAACCCAUUGUUUGGUCUAAUAUAAACACUUUCUCAGUUUAUUUCAACCCAGUUGCUGGGCUUGUCCUUUUUUGACCCGACGCUGGGUUGAAAGAAACCCAGCAUUUUUUAGUGUGUAGGAACCUUUGGUCUCUGAUCAAAACUAGCACCUUAAUGUGUCUAAAAUAAAUAUUGAAAUACCAGAAAGGUUGUUCAGACAAAUAAUCUGUAAAAAUCGUUUGGCACCCAGGUCAAACUGCAUUGAAAGCUGUAAUGUUAUAUUUGCAAAAAAAUCACAAUUUGCUUUAUCUAUUGGCACUGCCUUCUGCAGCAGAAGCCAAAGAUGAACAAACCUUACCAAUAGGUUUACUCCGAGUAUGUGGGAAGGGAAUAUUCAUUAGUUCAAUUUCAGGGCAAGUGCAGUACCUCCUACAGUGCGUUUGUCUUUGGGCACUAGAGUUUCUUUCUUCUCUGAUUUAAUGAUUAGUGCCAACACAGCAGUGCGUCUGUACAGCCCGGGGUCAAUGAUGAGACACAUGUUUCGCUGUAGCUACAUUUAUGUGACAGUUGCUUGAAAUCAAACUCGGGGCAAAGGAAGAUAUUACGCUUCAAUUUCAAAUCUUAAUUUUGUAUGAUUACAUCAAUAAAACAUGAUGUUUCUGUGGAUGGAUUUGAUACGUUAACCACUUUCCUCCAGCGUGAGCUGAGCUAAUAGAAAAAAAUGUUUUUCAACAGAACAAUAUAUUGUUCAAUACAUACGUUUCAGCUUAUGUAUUGCAUGCUGUGUUGAGAUGGAUUCGAAGUUAUGAUUUUACCACGUUAUGCAUAAUGUUACAACAUAAACAAGACCAAUAAAUGAAAUACUUGCACUGUAUUAAUGUGCUGCUGAAUUUAUAUAACCCUAAUA